AUGUCCACCAAGACUAUUAUUGCGACUGGAGCCUCCUCCGGCCUGGGGUUCGAGCUCGUCAAACAACUGCUGGCGCGGCCCCCCUCCCCGGCGUACCGCAUCGUCUUGGGCGCGCGCGACGUGGCCCGCACGAAGGCGGCCUUUGACGCCCUCACCACUGCGGCCGCCCUCCCCCACAGCAACAGCAGCAGCAGCAGCAGCAGCAGCAGCAGCAGCAGCAGCAGCAGUGGUGGCGACAGCGGCGGUGGCAGGCACAGCGUGACCGUGCUGCCGCUGGAGCUGGGCGACAUGGCCGGCACGCGGGCCUUUGCGCGGCAGGCGCUUCGGGCGAUCGCGCGGGACAGCGGAGACGGGGAGGAGAAAGAGGAGGAGAAAACCAGGCUGGACUACUUGCUGCUCAACGCGGCGAUCACGGGGGGCAACGACGCCCGGUGGGUUGGGCCUUGGGGGUGGUGCGAGGGUCUGGUUGUCAAUCAUCUGUCCCAACAUUACCUAGUGCAUCUUUUGAGGGAGAAGCUGGUGGAGAGCAACUCGAGGGUGGUGUUUGUGUCCUCGGGGGCGAUACGACAGGUGUCGGACACAGAGUCGCUGGAGGCAGACGUCAAGGCGGGCUCGGGCGCCCAUCCCUUCACCACGUAUAGCCAGACCAAGUUCAUCCAGUUGCUCGGCGCUCACUGGUGGCGGCGGCAGUUGAAGGGGCAGGCGACCGUCGUUGCCGUCUCGCCGGGACUGAUCCCUGGCACAGGUCUGGGGCGGGGAAGCGGGACGUUUGACAUACCCAAGAUUCCCAUGGCAGAUGCGAAGCCGAUUCCUGUCGGAGCACAGAGCAUUCUCCGCGCCUUCACGCGCGACGACUUCCCCGAGGAUCCGCAGCAGAUCUUCCUCACCAGCUGGGGCGAGUGGUGGCCCAAGGAGGUCUACCGUCUUACGCUUGACGAGAGUCUUCAGGACAAGUGGUGCCCGAGCAAGGAGGAGAUCGAGAAGGAAGCCGGGCUGUCUGGCUGAGCUGGGUCUUGAGAGGGGCCGGCCGAGGACACGCCGUGCGUGUUGCUGCUUAGAAUGGUGCAGGCCAUGCCAGCCUUUUCUUGUUCCUCAGCCUUCGCAAAGAUUGUAACUCAAAUCCGAGAGCAACUUGGACGUUUCACGGAAAGAUUGCAAUGAAGUCCAGUGAAGAGAACCGUCGUACUGGAUCAACGUACAUGUGCACGUUAUUUCGCACAAUUUCAACCUUCGAGGUCAACCUGAGGGCUGGGGUCU